AUGUGGGGUAACUGUACGCAGCGGGUAAGUGUCCGAAAUGAACGUGUGAAUACCACGGUUGACAACUUGUCGAGACCUGCCGCAUUUAGUUCGCUGUUGACUGCGAAGCGAAAGUACUGCGUCACAUGUUUGCCGUACAGGGCUGGGGAUGAUUAUUCGACGAUAUUAUUUGUGUAUAGAUAUAUUAUUAAUUUUCGUGAAAUUCAUUUUCAUGGUGAAAAUGUUACAAUUAAUCUAAUUGAAUAUACAAACAUUAAAAUGAAUCACUCAAAAUCAAUCUACUUCAAAUUCUGUAUCUACAGUAGAAAUUCAAGAUAGGCAAAGUUAUCGAGCUUUAGCUAUUACAUCUAUAGAAGGAUCAAGUGCUUCUACGUCUGCCAAUUUGGCAGAAACUCGAGAGAUUUUGACUAUUGCUGAAACGCAUCGUCAAGCAAGUGCAUCACCGGCUGAACAACACGUCAUUGUAACUAUUGCUGAAGUGCAUAAUCAACAAAGUUCAACACUACCUAGCCAACGGAACAUGGAAGCUGCAGCUGAAAUUAUCAUAGCCAAUGAACAAUUACACGCACCUUCAGAUCCAAUGGAGAAAAUAGAAGAAUUUCACUAGCAACAAAUUAUUUCGCC